AUGUCGACAGAAUUCGAUUUUCAAUGCAAAGAAGGGGAAUAUGGUGUAACAGAGAAACAAGUGUCCGCGUUUCGAGAGACAGGAUGUCUUAUUCAAAGGGGAUUGUUUGGACAAAAAGAAAUCCAAAAGAUAGAGCAGAUGCUACAAGAGAGCGAUCUCAUAGAGGAAAACAGCUAUGGGAUCCCAGACCACACGGGCAAAAUGCCCAGAAUGGUAUUGUGGUUACAUCCGGGCUCUGACGUCACAGGAAUGAUGGCCAGAUGCAAGAAAGUUGUCUCCACUGCUGAGGAACUUCUUGGCGGGGAGGUCUACCAUUACCACACCAAACUGAUCAUGAAGGAUCCCUUCGUUGGUGGUGGUUUUGAAUGGCACCAAGAUUAUGGAUACUGGUAUUUCAAUGGACUGUUGUACCCAGAUGCCGUCAGUGUGAUGGUAUCCUUAGAUAAGUGCACUAAAGAAAAUGGCUGUGUUCAGGUUUUACCUGGAUCUCAUAAAGUGGGACGGAUAGAUCAUAUUCCUGUGGCCGGACAAACUGCUGCAGAUCCUGACAGAGUAGAACAUCUCAGGAAGAAAUUCCCACUUGAAUACAUAGAACUAGAGCCUGGAGACGCGUUCUUCAUGCACAGUAACGUUCUACACAAGAGCGAUCACAACAACAGUCCAAGCAGACGAUGGCUAUUUAUCAUGGCCUACAACAGAUCCACCAACAAUCCACUGGAGAACUUGACUGGUCCAUUUCCAAGAUACACUCCUUUAUCUAAGGUUCCUAAUUCUGCUAUACUGGAUUGCCAAAACCUAUCGGAUUUUUCUGGAAAAGACUUUCUUGACCCCACAAAGGACAAAAACGUGAAAGCAGAUAAAAAUAAUAAACUGUUCUGAAUGCACAAUGCCACUAUAUCCCGGGCUUCAGGGCAAAUUGCCAAGACCUCAAACAUACGAACUUUUACACAGACAAAUAAAUUGUUUUGACAAUAACUGCUCACCUGUCUUGAUAGGUAAAAAUUGUCAGUAUGUUGUUAUCGCAAUGACAGAGACAAGAAUUAAAAUGUUACAAAAAAGUUGCCAUAUAUAUUUCAUACUGCUGAAAUCUUAUAUACUAGACAAAAUUUAAAGAAAAUGUAAUAUUUAAUGUUUACUCAGGGGUUUAACUGACAGAAACAAAAUGCUAUGAAGGACAAUAUGUUAAAACAAAAAUUGUUCUAAAUGGAUAAAAUAACCAUGCUAUAACUCAAUAUCAAUUUAGAAAAUCAGUAUUUUAUUAUUUGAAGAAA